CUAACCCUUCCAUCUAUUGUGGUACUAAACAUAAUUGUAACUGAGUAGCCUGCUCUGUCUAUAUAUUGUACACGUACCCAAGCUUACUAUAUAGUGUUAAUAUUUCUACAGGGGGUUUGUUGAUUCUUCCGAAUGCUCUGUGACUAGACAGUACACACCAAUCUCUCCACCGGAUGAAGAUGGUUCCUUUGCUGUGCUUAUCAAGCUACGCCCACGCCACCCUCUCCCAAGUUCCACCCCAGUCACGCUUCAAAGGCAUCACAAGUCUAAUCGAACAUCCGGUGAAAGUACAGCCUCCAGCAGAACCAAACAAAAUGGCUGCCCUCCCGAUUAUCCUGACAUCAAGAGAGAGGAAGAAGCUCCGAAAGCAGCGGAGGAGAGAGGCAGAGAGAGAAAACGAGAAGAUACAGUUCGGUCUUAUUGACAAACCUGAACCAAAGGUCCGUAUUAGCAACCUGAUGAGAGUGUUGGGCAGUGAGGCAGUACAAGAUCCCACUAAAGUAGAGGCACAUGUCCGAGCUCAGAUGGCCGAGAGACAAAGGACGCACGAGGCGGCUAACUUGUCUCGUAAGCUCACGCCCGCGCAAAGAAGUGCUAAGAAAGUGGCAAAGAUGAAGGAAGACUUGUCAUGUGGUGUGCAUGUGACUGUGUACAGGGUUCACGACCUCUCAAAGCCGGCAAUAAAGUUCAAAGUGGAUAUGAACGCACAGCAGUUACACUUGACUGGUUGUGUCAUGUUGUUCCCCGAUGUCAACCUCGUUAUUGUGGAGGGAGGUCCUAAAGCACUGAAGAAGUUUAAGAGGCUCAUGAUGAACAGGAUAAAGUGGAAGCCCAAGAAAGCGGCAGCAGAUGAUGAUAACGACUCGGACGGUGAAGGUCAUGUGACUAACAUGUGCAGUGUGGUGUGGGAGGGGGUGGUCCACGACAGGGCGUUCAAUGAUUGGAGGGUGCGUAACUUCCCCACCGAGCCUCUCGCACGAGAUCAUCUCAAGCGACAUAAGAUUGAACAUUAUUGGGACCUGGCGCUGAGUCAGCGAAUUGUGGAGCAGGAAGAGGAGGAGUCUUGAUCACAUGAUCACAUGAUAUAGUCACAUGACAUAUUGGACAUUAUACAUGACUUUUUGUAGAUAUCAUAUAAUUAUUAUGAACUUGGUUAAGAAUAUCUAAUUAUAGGUCA